AUCGAAGAGGAUGAGGAGAUCAGUUGCGAUUACGGGCAGGAGAUAUCUUCAUCGGCAUACUCUGGUUAAAGGUACUCCUCCUGGAACUGCUCGUUGCGGUUCGGAACGAUCUUUUGCUACUACUUGUUAUGAUUACAGAGAGAAAUUGAGUAGAAAUAGGCUGAGCGAUUUAAAGUUAGACGAUGUUGUUGGUUUGUUCAGUGUUAUGGUACAGUCUAGUCCACGCCCUUCAAUCAUUGAGUUCAGUAAACUGUCGAGUGCUAUUGCUAAGAUGAAGAGGUUUGAUGUUGUCAUCUCUCUCGGCGAGCAGAUGCAAAAUUUGGGGAUUCCGCAUAAUCUCUAUACUUACAAUAUUCUCAUAAACUGUUUUUGCCGACGGUUUCAGCUCUCUCUUGCUUUAGCUGUUUUGGGCAAGAUGAUGAAACUCGGCUAUGAGCUCGAUGUUGUCACGCUGAACUCGCUGCUCAAUGGUUUCUGUCACGGGAAUAGGAUUUGGGAUGCCGUAGCUUUGGUUGAUCACAUGGUGGCAAUGGGAUAUCAACCCGAUACCGUUACAUUUAACACUCUAAUUCAUGGCCUUUUUCUCCACAACAAAGCUUCUGAAGCUGUGGCUUUAGUUGAUCGAAUGGCUGAGAAAGGCUGUCAGCUAAAUCUGGUUACUUACAGUGUGGUGGUAAACGGAAUAUGUAAGAGAGGUGAUAUUGAUUUGGCUUUAAAUCUGCUCAAGAGGAUGGAACAAGGAAAAUUAGAGGCUGAUGUUGUAAUUUACAACACAGUCAUUGAUGGUCUCUGCAAAUACAAACAUGUGGACGAAGCUCUAAACCUGUUCAACGAAAUGGAAAGCAAAGGAAUUAGAGCUAAUGUUGUUACCUACAGCUCCCUCAUUAGUUGCCUUUGUCAUUACGGAAGAUGGACUGAUGCUGCUGGACUACUCAGCAAUAUGAUUGAGAGGAAAAUCAAUCCCGAUGUUGUUACAUUCAAUGCACUGAUCAAUGCUUUUGCGAAAGAGGGGAAGCUUUUAGAGGCUGAAAAGUUGCACAAGGAGAUGAUCCAAAGGUCCAUAGCUCCUAAUGUUAUCACUUACAAUUCAUUGAUCUAUGGGUUUUGUAUGCACGAUAGUCUAAACGAGGCCAAGCAGAUGUUUGAGUUCAUGGUUAGCAAGAAUUGCCUCCCAAACGUUGUGACAUAUAAUACUCUGAUAAAGGGAUUUUGCAAGUGUAAAAGAGUAGAUGAUGCUAUGGAACUCUUCCACGAGAUGUCUCAAAGGGGAUUGGUUGGUAGCACAGUCACUUACAACACACUUAUCCAAGGGUUUUUUCAAAAUGGUGACAGUGAUUAUGCCCAAAUGGUAUUCAAACAGAUGGUUUCUGAUCGUGUGCCUGCCAGUAUUAUGACGUACAACAUCUUAUUAGAUGGGCUUUGUAAUAACGGGAAGCUAGAGACAGCAUUGGUCAUAUUGAAGGACAUGCAAAAGAGUGAAAUGGAACUUACUAUCGUCACAUAUAGUACUAUGAUUGAUGGGAUGUGCAAGGCUGGGAAGGUGGGAGAAGCAUGGGAUUUAUUUUGUACCCUCGGCAUUAAAGGAGUGAAGCCUGAUGUUGUAACCUACACAACAAUGAUCUCAGGAUUAUGUAGGAAAAGCUUAAUGCAAGAAGCAGAUGCCUUGUUCAGAAAAAUGAAAGAAGAUGGGAUUCUCCCAAAUAGUGGUACCUAUAAUACGCUGAUCAGGGCACAUCUAAGAGAUGGUGACAAAGCAGCAUCAGCAGAACUCAUCAAAGAAAUGAGGAGUUGCGGGUUUGUUGGAGAUGCUUCGACCUUUGGCUUGCUCACAAAUAUGUUACAUGAUGGGAGAUUGGACAAAAGCUUCCUCGAUAUGCUUUCUUAAAGCAAUUUAUUCCUCAAGAG